AUGGAUGACUCCAGCACUGAAGUUUUAUUAUUCAACAGUGGUGGAAUAACUGGGAGUGAGCAAUCAACAGCGAGCCUCAUUGAAGGCUGUAUUUCACAUUCAACGAGCUCUCUCAUACAUAAAAAUGUUGAGGAAUUAUUAAAAGACGUCAAACCACAGAAUAUCCGGACUGAAAUCACUGAAGAUGUCUUGAACACCAAAGCUGAUUUACUGAGUGAAUACUCGACUGAACAAGAUUAUUCAGUUACCAAUAUCUUUAAGGACUAUACUGAAUACAAUAUUCGCAACAGUGAGAAGGAAUAUCGAGAGGAUCCUCUUCUAUCUGUGCUGUUCAACAAGAUUCAGGUAUUUCUUCUAAGAAAUAAUCUUUCUUUGGAUUUUCUCAUCAUUUUCAAGAGAUAUAUCGAUAUUUUAGGAGAAGUUGGACUUAAUCCGCUAGAUGAUGAUUUUGUCUUAAUGCUACAGAAUGAGCUCGAUAAAACCUGGGAACUCACUGCAAAUAUGACUAAGAUUCUCAGUGCGUUUCUCAUACAACCUGAAAAUACAGCCAUGAAAUUGGCAUUUUUUGAGCACAAACUCAGGAGAGCAAGUUUGCGGGGAAGUUUUACGAAGUGGAAGCUAUCUUCUCAGAGCCGUCAAAGUCUCGAGCAACUUAAUCGCAUUUGGGAGCGCUCCUUACUCAAGAAAUUUCUGCAUGUUUGGAAGCAGAAAUCAGGUUUUCUCAAGGGGCAACUUGUAAUUGAAGCCGAUAACUUUUUAGAAUUUCGAUUGAAAUCAGAUGUUUUGGAUGGAUGGAUUACCAAAAUGGAUUCACAAAUGGUAAAGCGAACGCUGGCCGAUACCUACUUUCUCGAAAAACAUUUUAAGAGAUUAAACAAGAAGUUAUCGACUAUUCAUAGCCAUUCUUGUGAGGCAGCUAGGUUGAGAGAUAGAAUGGCACUGAAAGGAGCUUUGAUUCAGUGGAAAUUGAAGAACGGGCUCAAAAAGUUCAAGACACACGCAAAUUCGAAAUUAGAGAAAACGAUAAUCAGGAAAUGGCAAAAUAAGUUGAAGGAGGUUACGAUGUUAAAGGAACGAGCUGAUUUUAUGAGGAAAUGUUUACUAAAUGAGACAUAUUUUAAUAAGUGGCUGGCCUGUUGUUGCGAAAAAUCACACGAAGAGGAUGAAUUAAAAAAGAUCGAGGUGGCAUAUGUCCAGAAGAAGGUAUUUGAGCUUUUGAAGAAUGCAAUUAAAGAGCGUGAAAGCGAAUUUUCUGUGAGAGAGUUGCUGGAUUUGACUCUUAUCCGAUUUUUUUUUUGUAGGUUAUGGUUUAAAAGGUUCGAAGAAAGAAAGAGGCUGAGAGAUAUUCUGUUCAAAAGCGACAAUCUUCUGAAAAACAAGUGUUUGACGGUGUUCAAAGUAACCUUCUCACUUAGCAAAACGGCAGAUGGCUUUUACGAGAAAAAACAGUUAUCGAAACGUUUUCGACAGUUUCGUUUGAAAGAAGAACUUGUCGUCCUACAAAGGAAGAAGGAAAGUAACCUCAUCGCGAAUACCUUCAAAAAAUGGAGAAAAAAUGUCAUUUUGCACUCAAAGCUGUCUUUUAUUAAGAGAAGGCAAUUACAAGCAUUCUGGGCCAAGUAUCUGAGGAACAAAUUGAUGUAUUAUUCUGAUUGGGAAAGUGUUGCCAAAAACUACAAUGAAUUGGUGCUCAAAAGGCGUUUUUUCGUCUUUUGGUCCGAUCGCGGUGGGAGGUGUAAUGAGCUGGAAUACAAAGCAAAUUUCUUCAUACGACUUCGAGCAAUUCGUAAGCUUAAGGCGGCAAUUGUGCAUUCGGAAGACGUUAAGAAAAAAGCUGCAUUAAUUGGUUCAAAGUGCGAAAGAGGUUAUCUGUUAAAAUCUUAUUUGCGCAACUGGUUAUCCACUAUGGUAAUUCAAAGAAGAUUGAGGCUUGAAACUAUCCUCGACCAGUACUUGAAAGAGAGGGAAAUUGAUUCUGAACGUCGCAUUUUUGACAUUUGGUAUAGAAAGCUUCGAUUUUAUGUCGUGGCGUGUGUUGAUGUUGCUAAUAGCACUCAGAAUAGAAAUUUAAGGAAAGGCACGUUCGACAGCCUGCUCAAGAAGACGAGUAAUUACCGAGAUUGGAGCGAAACUGCGGAUGAAUUGCGUAAUAAGUCGCUGGUUCUAUUUACAUUUUCUGCUUUUAAGGAAAGAUUUGCUGAAGUUAAGGCUAUGGAGCAUAUGGUGCACGUCAGAAUACGAUCUGAAAACUUGAAUUUACUCAUCAAGUGCAUGAAUAAAUGGACUAUGAGACAGCUUAAAUGCAGGAGAAAUGAAGAGACUGUAGAGGUUUUCAAGAAUCGCUGGAAUAGAGCAGGACUUCGAGCAAUUAUAUUACUUUGGCGAGACAAAAUCGAUGAACCCUUGAGGAAGCAUUCAAAAAAUACUCAAGGAAGAAGAUUUUUCGAUGAUGGCGAGGAAGCAGAAUCUUUGGUUACACCUACGAGAGUUAAACCGAAAGAUCAAAUAACGAUUCCUGGAUCUGAAAUCAUCAAAAAAAAGAGAAUGGAAGCCAUGAGAAAUCAUUAUAGAAAUGCUAGAAGAGCAAUUCCAAGCCCAGUAAAAUCCUCAGAUACUCUGGACUCGGUUUCAAAAAGAAAACUUGCCCGAAACGAUAUAGAGGGUAGUAAUUUUGCCGGUAUAAGUCGGUCUCCACCUCCGAAAAUGGAUUUGGAGAAGGUAAAUAAAAAAUUGGCAACCAGUAGAGCUAGCAUAAGUUUCAAACGAAUUCCGGAGCAAAAAUUCAGCCCAUUUAUGUCCCCUGCUAUUGAUGACAGAUCUCCUUUAGUUAUCGAUCGCAGUGCAUUAGUGGAGAUUCAUAAAGAAAUUAACGAUUCUCCUACAAGGCGGUGA